CUCGCUGCAAGUUUUUGGACAGACUCAAAGGGUUGAGUGUGAGUAAUGAAUUUAGUAUCGAAGACCGCGCUGCCAUAGUCCAGUUUGGCCAAAACGCAAGUUUUGUAAAGGUGAAGACGCAGAAAAGAGGCAAGUAUGUGGGUGCAUGGGCUGAGGAUUUUCGCAAUGGGCAAGGAGUGCAUACAUGGCCAAACCGCAAUCGAUAUGAAGGAAGUUGGAAAAACGCCACGAUGCAUGGUCAUGGCACUUACUAUUCGGCUAGUGGAGGCAGGUAUGUGGGUGAAUGGUCCGAUGGUGAUUUCAAUGGGCAAGGAGUGCGUACAUGGUCAAGUGGCGAUCGAUAUGAAGGAAGUUGGAAAAACGACAGGAUGCAUGGUCACGGCACGCUGUAUCUUGUCAAUGGUAGUAUCGAAUAA